AUGCCGCCGCAGCCCGCGCCCGCCGCCUCCGCCGGCGCGGCGGCGCCCGACCAAGAGCCGCCCCCAAGCCCACCCCCAUCCCGGCCACCACCGCCGCCGCCCCGACCCGCGCCCUCCCUCGCCUCCGCGCUCCCCUUCUGGUUCUACCUCACCGCCGCCGUCUCCCUCCUCGCGCUCCUCCUCCCGCACCUCCUCCCUUCCUCCCCACCGCCGCUCCCGCCGCUCCUCCGCUCCCACACCUCGGAGGGCAGCGUGCUUAAGCUCCAUCCCGGGCCCGACCUCUUCGCCGUCACCUCGCGCCCCGCCGCCGCCGCGGGACACCCCGCCGUUCUUAUCCUACCCGGCCUCGCUGCCGGAUCUUUCUCCUUCCGCCGGCUCCUACCGUCGCUCUCCUCCCGCGGCCUCCUCGCCGCCGCCGUCGACCUCCCCGGGCAGGGCAUGUCGCCGGCGCCCGCGGCCCCUCCCCGCGCGAACCCUUUCCGUGAGAUCAUGAACCGCGGCGUCUUCCACGCCUUCGAGCACCUCGUCCAGACCGGCGAGGUGCCGUUCCAGGAGCCUGCGGCCCCCGACCCGUCCCACGCCCUCUACGCGCCCGCCGAGGCGGCCGCGUCCGUCGCCCGCGCCGUGGACGCGCUCGGACUCGCCGCCGCGCCGGUGCACCUCGUGCUCCACGACUCCGCCCUCGUCGCCGGGGCCGCCUUCGUGUCGGCUCACCCGGGUGCGGUGCAGAGCGUCACCCUGAUCGACACCACGGCCGUUCUGCCGGCAUUCCCCGCGGCGGUUCUCGGCGUCCCGGUGCUGGGCAGCCUGGUGGUUCGGGUGCCGGCAUUGUUCAAGGGACUGUUGCGGCUGUGCUGCGCUCGGGAGAUGGGCGCAGAAGAGGCCGAGGCGCACCGGGCGGCGAUGCGAAUCGACGGGAAGAGAGAUGCGGUGUUUGAGUCGUGGAAGGCUCUGAAUCAGAGCUUUGAUCUGAAGGAGUGGAGGGGAUCUUCAGAGGCAGUGAGGAAAUUGCCGAUGAUGGUGCUGUGGUCGGGUUCUUGGACUGAUAGGUGGAUCGAUGAGGGGAAGAUGGUGGUUGCGGCAUUGCCGGAUGCCAAAUUCGUCUAUCAUUCGGGUGGUCGAUGGCCUCAGGAGGAUGCGUAUGAUGAACUCUCGAAGCUGAUAGCAGAGUUUGUGACAUCAUUACCUCCAAUGCGGUCACAGUAUAUUGACCAAUCUUCCGAAGAAGCAACAGCUCAAGAGUGAUCAACUAGCUGUACAAGAUUCAUGGCUAUGGUUCAGCAUUAAGGUUCUGGCUACUGAAAUGCCUUUUGGGCAUAUGUUU